GAAAAUUCGCGAAGGUUCCUGAAGCGGAACUGGCCGUUUCCGGAAGCCGGCAGCCGCCCCAGCAGGCAGACCGGUGGUUGCGGCGGAGGAGCGGAGAAGGCAGCGUCUGGCCGUUCCCGGCGCCUGAGCCUGACCCGUAACCUGAGGCGAUGGCCCUGCUGUGCUACAACCGGGGCUGCGGCCAGCGCUUCGAUCCCGAGACCAAUUCCGACGAUGCUUGCACAUACCACCCAGGUGUUCCAGUCUUUCAUGAUGCAUUAAAGGGUUGGUCUUGCUGUAAGAGACGAACAACUGAUUUUUCUGAUUUUUUAAGCAUUGUCGGCUGUACGAAGGGGAGGCAUAAUAGUGAGAAGCCACCGGAGCCUGUCAAACCUGAGGUCAAGACUUCUGAGAAGAAAGAACUAUCUGAAUUAAAACCCAGAUUUCAGGAGCACAUCAUUCAAGCCCCUAAACCAGUAGAAGCAAUAAAAAGGCCAAGCCCAGAUGAACCAAUGACAAAUUUGGAAUUAAAAAUAUCUGCCUCCCUAAAACAAGCACUUGAUAAACUUAAACUGUCAUCAGGGAAUGAAGAGAGUAAGAAAGAAGAAGACAGUGAUGAAAUUAAAAUUGGGACUGCAUGUAAAAAUGGAGGGUGUUCUAAGACGUAUCAGGGUCCACAGAGUCUAGAAGAAGUCUGUGUAUAUCAUGCUGGAGUGCCUAUUUUCCAUGAAGGGAUGAAAUACUGGAGCUGUUGUAGAAGAAAAACGUCUGAUUUUAAUACAUUCUUAGCCCAAGAGGGUUGUACAACAGGAAAACACAUGUGGACUAAAAAGGAUGCUGGAAAAAAGGUUGUUCCAUGUAGACAUGACUGGCAUCAGACUGGGGGUGAAGUCACCAUUUCAGUAUAUGCUAAAAAUUCACUUCCAGAACUUAGUCAAGUUGUAGCAAAUAGUACCUUGCUGAAUGUACACAUUGUAUUUGAAGGAGAGAAGGAAUUUCAUCACAGUGUGAAAUUAUGGGGUGUGAUCGAUGUGAAGCGAAGUUAUGUGACUAUGACUGCAACAAAGAUUGAGAUCACCAUGAGAAAAGCUGAACCUAUGCAGUGGGCGAGCCUGGAACUGCCUGCAGCCAAAAAGCAGGAAAAACAGAAAGAAGAUACAACAGAAUGAGUUGAGAAGGAACAAAGUUCUUGCCGCCUUCAGAAUCGUUAACACGCGGGGAAGUGGUGGCUUGCUGCUGUGCUCUUGCUUUCUUGUUGUUGUUGUUGAAUCUGGCAUUUCAGGGUCUACAGUAGGUUCUUAAAAGCCAAAGUCAGUUUAUCUUUUUGUGCCUCCCACCUUCCUUUUGAGUUACCUAGGAUUGAUUAUUCGUUUCUCCUCAUUAAUAGAACUGUAGUUGUGUCUUAUACUUGAAGAAGCUAGAAAAUAGCUCGUAACAGUUACAGUAUUUCGUAGUGUAACAUUAAGCAGAGAAAUGUAAAGGAACAUGUGUUUUUACAUCUCUUUUAUUCCAUAAUUACUAAAGAUGGAACAUCGAGUUUCGAAUUUGUAUUUUCAUGAGUUUGUGUUCCUAUAAUACUUGAAAAUCUUUACGGGAGAGAUGAAGCUCUGCAUUGCCUUUUUCCGCUCGGGACAACUACGUUUUGUGGGGAUAUUAACGUGAGGUAGUGUAGUAAGUAGUUAAAGGGGAAUAUGCGCAUUGAUUAACAAAUUAGAAUUCAUUUACAACUUAAUUGGAUUAAAAAUUACAGCAGUACUGAUACUACUAAGCAGUAUGAUUUAAGAGUAUAGUAAACAUUAUAAUUAAGACUAUAAAGGUAACAAUUUGGUUAAAAGUCACCAUUUUAUAAGACUAAGCAAUAAUGUGAAACAUCUCUUUCUUGAUUAUAAGGACUUUGUACAGUGGGCUGAAUUGUAUCUAGUUUAUAGCCUACACCCUCUUAGAAUCAUCUAUUAGUUACAAAGAGAAAUUUUAUAUGUUAUUUGGCCUCCCUAAUGGAAAAUUAUAUCUGUAAAAUUGUAGGCUUAAAAGCUUAUGGAAAUACAUUAGGUUAUCAGAAAAGCAAAUGUUUAAGCUUUGCUUUAUGAGAGCUAUCACAUGUUAAAUGAACAAAAUAGCUUAGUCUUUUGGGGUUUUUGUUUGUUUGUUUUUAGGCCUUCAUGAACAGCUUGACAGUUCUAGGUGAUACAGUGAUUAUUUAUUGUACAUGAUUAAAUGUAGGUAUCACAGAAUUGAUGGCUUAUGCUCACUGAACCCAUUAAAGGAUGGUUACUUUUUGAGGCAGUGCAGAGCUCGCAAAGAAAACUAAAAUUAAGACGUGUUAUGAAGGCCAGAACUCUGGCAAAAGAACUUAAUACAUUUGGGUAUGAAUUAUGUUUAUAUAGAUUAAAAUGAUUAUUUCUUAAAACUCCUUGAGUGUUUUUUUUUCCUUGGUAUUAAUGGAUUUCUUACAAAGACAAGUUUGCAGAAGUACAGUGUUAGUUAAUCUCAGUCUACUGUGUUUAGCAGUUAACUGUUAGAUGUGCUCAUGUAAUUAUUUAAUUGUUUAGCUCUGUAACAAAGACAGAAAAAUUGACAGCCAGCUUUCAUAACACUAAAAUACCAUGGCAAGAAAUUUCUGCAGUGAAAAUUGGAGCCAAACAGAGUAUGUAAGUUUCUAGUGCUUGGGGUUGUGGUUGGUGUUUUAAGUUGUCUUUCGUAGUUUGGGACCUGGGUGCAUUUGAAGACAUGAAAUCUUGUUUUUUAUUUAGGAGAAAGAUUAAUACUUUGAUUUGAUUUGCGGUAAUGAUGAACAGACCCUUUUUUGAUGAUUCCUUCGUGUGGCUUGUUUUCCCCUAAACAAGAUCUUCAUGUUAUGUGCCCUUGAACUAUUAUUUAAAGCAAGUGUGUCAUUCAUCUAAGAGUUAGUUACAAAGCACUGACCUUUAUUUAUACACACACACCCCUUAAGUGUUCAGUCUGGUUACACUAGUGACCAUCCUAUUUGCUUUCUUAUUCCUAUAAACCUCUGAAUUUGUUGCCCAAGUAAAAAUCUAAAUGACAAUUAUCUUAGAGUCCUACAUACAGGGACACAGUUACAAUUAAGUAGAGUAAGUCUUACUUUAUCAAAUCUAUCAAAAAAAUAAAAAAUGCUUGUUACAUUUAUUAGGCUGUUUCUCUAUAAAUGCUUUGUCUUUCUGAGCUUUCAAAGUGCUAUAGCAAAGCAGUCAAAGCUAGAGUUAUUGUACACUUGGUAACUAACCUGACAGCUAACGCAACAUGGGAAACAAAAUACGAUUUUUCUUGCCUAGCACAUUUGCUAGUGUAAAGGAGAAGGAAAAGUCCUAAAAAGUUGAACUUUUAUUUUUUUAACCUCUUAUUUUGAGAUGUUUAGAUCUACAAAAGAGUAACCAAAAAAGUAGAGCUUUUUUAUAUCCUGUAUUAAUUUUCACCUUAUGAUAAAAUCUUACAUAACCAUAGAACAUUUGCAGAGGUAGGAAUUAGCCUUGGUACAAUACUGUUAACUAAAGUAGAACAUUAAUUUUGACCAUCUGUUUUUAGUGGAACAGUAUUUAAGAGUAGUUCUUGAGACCUACCCUAGUGUUUUGAUAAUAAAGCCAGUAAUUUAUAAACCAUUAAAAAUAGAACUUGAAGUCAACCUAUCAUAGAUAAAUGUUUACAGGUCAAUAAUGUAACUUCUUGUUGUAAUUUAACAUAUACUGGCAAAGUACUGUAAUGAUCUAUUUUAAUUAAAUUUAUAUUUCAUGCCAGAGAUUUUAAUUCUUACUAAGUAAAACUUUGGUUUUCUUUAGACAGUUCUUCACCCAUCCGCGGGUGAAGUGAACCUUAAAGAGUUCUUGCAGAUACUCUAAGGUGUCUCUGGGUUACUGCUCUACCACCCUUGUUUUUUAAAAAACGCCAGUCAUUCCCCAGCCUGAAAACGCAUGUCAUACAUCCGUCCAUGUUAAAUAAAUUACGAAAAGCUCCCUUUUGAGGUAUGAGGUCUGGUGUCAAUUUUAGAGUGUUUAGGUGUGGACUCAACUUUUUUUUUUUUAAGAGGCCAGGUACUUUUAAGUUAUCUGUUAGAAGAUUAACAGAUUUUUUUUUUUGGUUUGUUUCAUUGCAGAUUAUUUUGAUCUGGCAUUCAUAUUUGGUAAUUAUUUGAUUCUUUUACCUAUGUCAUAAUUCCAUAGCCUCAGUUCUAAAAUGUCAGCUAAGUCCAGCUUGUUUUUAAGUUUUAUUAAUAGGUGUUUCCUUUCAUUUCUUUUAAUUGUUUGUUGGGUGAGUAGGAAGCUGGUGUUUUACUUGACUUCCUUCUUACUUACUGCCUAAGUAUUUUACAGCUGAAACUCAUCUGGAGUUGUUGCAUGGCUUGCUUUUUUAUUUAAGUGUAGAUGCCUGUAGCUAUAUACAUUUGGUAUUCCUAAAAUACUGAGCUUGCAAAGGUUUUUCUUUUGCAUAGUUUUUAAUUUUAACUAUUUAUAGAGUUCUUAGUUGUGAAGAAUUCCUUCAGAAACAGUUUUUCUGAAGAACAUGUUUUUAUUAAAUACUAAUUAAUGACUUAGUUUUCCAAGUUAGUAGGCCACCUUUAAUGUCUAUUGAAGACAUUUUUAUGUUGCUUAAAGAGUAUGUGUCAAAAUAAUUUAAUUUGCCAUUCCUUUUUGACUAAGCAAAUACAGUAUCCAAAUGAUUGGAUUGUGAAAUUAUUUUUUUAAGACUGCUAAUAGAAGUAAGAUAACUGAUUAAGCCUGAGAGAGGGAAAUCUCCCUGAACUCACAGUACCUUCCCUUCCUGUAAAAGUGAGACUAGGUGAGUGUAUUAACUUUAAAAAAAAAAAAAAUACUGUGGUCCUUUUCUUCGUAAUGCUCAUUUGAAUUUGCAGUUCCAUAUUUAUUAAUAUUUUAUUUGUAUAAUUAAUUUGUUAACGUCUUUGUCCUCUUAAAGAUGGCGUGUAACCUUGACUGUGUUUUGGUCGACUGUUACAUCCCUAUUUUCUAGUACAGCACUUGGCAUGUUGGUUGGCUCUUGUAAAUAUCAAGACGUGGCACUUGUUUAUGGGCCAGUCACUGUUCUAGGGACUUUUAUGAAUAUGGACAUGAUCCUCAUGACAACCCUUUGAGGUAGGUUCUGUUUUUAUAUUACAAGGAAGAAACCGAGUAAUGGCACAGGUUAAGGAACUUGCCUCUCAUCUAAACUAUUGAGUACAGAGUAGAGAUUUUAAACUCAGGCACUCUGGCCCUGUGUUCUGUGCUCUUAACUAUAUGCUGCUUAUGUCUGUCAGUUGAAUUAAUGGGUUCCAAAAAACAUUGUCACAUAGCAUGGAAAACUAGUAACACUGUGUUUAGUUAUCAGGAACAAGUUUUACUUUCAUAUGUUUUGUUAGAAAAUAAAUUUGUAAAA